ACUGUCCAGAAACGUGGUGGUGCUGUCAUUGCUGCUCGUAAGCUGUCUUCCGCUAUGUCUGCUGCCAAGGCUGCUUGCGACCACAUGAAGAGCAUCUGGCAGGGCACCGCUGAUGGCCACUUUGUCUCCAUGGGAGUCUUCUCUGAUGGUUCCUACAACACCCCUGAGGGAGUCAUGUACUCCUUCCCCAUCACCAUUAAGGACAAGGCCUGGACUAUCGUGAAGGAUCUUCCCAUUGACGACUUUGCACGUGAAAAGAUGGAUGCCACAGGAAAGGAGCUCUGCGAAGAACGUGAUGAUGCCCUUGCUGUGUGCCAGGAUUAGGAAGUCGCGGCAGCUAAACCCAGGCUCUGAGAUAGACCAUCUAACUAUACACAUUGUUUAAGAAGUAUAUAUAUAUAUGAAUAUAUGAACAUGACUUUGCUCAAGAAACAACCACAGUACUAAAAUGGGUUUGUGCAAAGAGACCCAACAUAUGAAGAAUACAGACAGCGAAAGAUCAUGUGUUUUGAGAAGCGAGAGGUGUAAUGUCUAACCAUAAAUGUUGGUAUGCAAGGAAUCUACUUGAGCCUUCAUUGUGGUUUAAUUAUGUUGAGGUUUUUGUUAUUUGAUUAUGUGGAGAAAAAGGAGCGUGACUUCCUUCAGUAUGUCAUCGUAGCCCGUUUAUGUAGGUACAUCAGAAGAGCUUGUCCUGCAAAUGUUUCUUUUAAAGCACAGUUUGUUUCGUGGUUCAGUAGUUUGUCUUGUCACUCUUCCUGAGUUUUAGUCCUUUAGAUCAUUAUGUACAUACACCCUUCAAGAACCUUUUCAUUACAUAGUUGAUGUAGUGUGUAUAUAUACUGCUUUCUUAGUAACGUGCAAAUACCAGGCAUUUGUUACCAUGGAAGUGGUAUAAUCUCAUCCUGAGUUUAACUGCCACCUGAUGUUAAUUUAAUUACAUUUCAAAAUGUAUGAUUUAAACAACUGGAAUGUAUAUGAAAGUUGUAUUUGUGGGAUUUUAGCACUGUUAUUGUUUUGUUAGGCAAAGCGGAAGUAUGAACUUAGAAACAUAAAAUGAUAAAAAAUGAAA